CGCGGCAGUGGUACGCGACCGAGUUGGGUGUGAAGAUGGCGGACGAAGAGGCCGAACAAAACCUCAGCGCACAGACCGAUACCAGUGCAACGAUUGUGGCACUCCGAGAGAAAUUGCUAAAAUUAGCAAUUGCACUGAAGAACAGUACGGACUCGCCGACUCAGUCGUCUACUCAGUAUUGUCAACACUUUUGCCAGACUCUGGUGGAGUAUGCUGGUCGAUGGAGGAUGGAGGAGGAGCCCCUGCCCCUGGUGGAGGUGUAUACAGUGGCCCUGCUGAGCUAUGCCCAGGCCUCCUCCUGCCUCUCCUCUCAGUGUGAAAACGUUCCCCUCGUACUUGAACGUCUCUCACUGAGCUGUGUAGAGCUGCUGCUCUCCCUGCCAGAACACUUCCCAGAUGCCUUGUGGGAAGAGUUCAAGUCAUCUGUUCAGUCAGCACACUCCCAGCUGCAGGAGAAUGGCAUCACACAGCUGGCCCUCCUGUCUGCUGUGGCUCAGGAGACUGGUGUGUGGACAAACAGCACCCUGCAUAGUCUCCUCUCUAAUGAGUCUCCACAAACAGAGGAGGUUCACAAGUUCCUUCAACUUGAGGGACCCAUUCUGCUGGAGAUGAGAGUAAAGCACCUUAUCAAGGAGAACCACAUGGAGAGGGCUGCACUGCUGGCAAGGGUUUGUGCAGAGUGUCCCGAGUUUGAAGGAAAAGGGCACUUUAAGCAGAUGUACCUGGUCUGCCUGUGCUCUGCCUCAGCACAGGAACCACUAAUGGAGGAGCUCUCCGAGGUUGAUUGCCGUGAUGCACUAGAAAUGAUCUGUAACCUGGAGUCGGAAGGGGAUGAGAGGGGAGCCUUCAGCUUAUGCUCAGCCUUUCUAACACGUCAGCUUCUCCAAGGAGACACUUAUUGUGCCUGGGAGCUGACACUGUUUUGGAGCAAACUGCUGAAGCGGAUGGAGUCAUCUGAAGAGACGUUCCUGGACAGAUGCCGUCAGAUGUCUUUGCUGUCCACAACGGUCUUCCACAUCCUCUUCUUCAUCAAAGUCAUUCAAUCAGAGGUGGGUAAGGUUGGACUGCCAGUGUGUGUUGACAUGUGCAUACAGGCUCUACAGUUGGAAUCAAGUGACGUAAACACCAAGGCCACCAUUUGCAAAACCAUCUCCUGUUUGUUGCCCACUGAUCUGGAGGUAAAGCGGGCCUGCCAGCUGACAGAGUUCCUCCUGGAACCCACAGUGGACUCCUACUACGCCGUGGAGACUCUGUACAACGAGCCAGACCAGAAGCUGGAGGAGGAGAAUCUUCCUGUGCCCAACUCGCUCCGCUGUGAGCUCCUGCUGGUGUUCAAGACCCAGUGGCCUUUUGACCCUGAGUUCUGGGACUGGAAGACACUGAAGCGUCACUGCCUGACCCUUAUGGGUGAGGAGGCCUCCAUUGUGUCCUCCAUUGACUUGCUGAAUGACAAUGAGAUCCCAGAGGCCCCUGAGGAGGAGGAGGAGGAGGACACAACCCAGGGUGAGGAAGUGUUCAGAGACGUCACGGACUACUUCGUGGACACCACACAUGAACUGAAUGAAAUAACCGAUAAAAGACAGAAAAUCCGAGAGACAAAGAAACUGAGAGAGAAAGGGUUCAUCUCGGCCAGGUUUCGAAACUGGCAGGCAUACAUGCAGUACUGUGUUCUGUGUGACAAGGAGUUUCUGGGGCACAGGAUUGUACGUCAUGCACAGACUCACUACAAAGAUGGACUUUAUAGCUGCCCGAUAUGCGCGGAGACCUUUACCUCAAAAGACAUAUUGGAACCACACGUGGCAUCACACGUAAAGCUAUCAUGCAAGGAAAGACUAGCUGCAAUUAAAACAAAUAAAAAAUUAGCUAAUCCCAAAACGGCUGCUCCUGUUAUUGCGGCUCUGAAAGCUAAGACUGAAAAUCUACUUCGGAAAAAAGAUGCAAACAGCGAUUCCCAGGAACACAAUGGGGAGUCGCUUCAGACAGAAUCAGUUCAGACCAAAGUCUAUGGACUUAAGACCGAAAGCAGCACUGAGGAAAACACAUGCCCUGUUGCAAACUGCAAAAAGGGAUUCAAGUAUUUCCGAAAUCUUCUUGUUCAUGUGAAAGCACAUAGAGAUAACGAUGAAGCAAAGCGCUUCCUUGAAAUGCAGAACAAAAAGGUGAUUUGUCAGUAUUGUCGUCGCCAAUUUGUUAAUGUCACCCACCUUAACGAUCAUUUGCAAGUGCACUGUGGUGUCCGACCCUACAUUUGCAUACAGUUGAACUGCAAGGCCAGCUUUCUCUCCAACACAGAGCUGCUUGUACACAGAAAAGAACAUGUCGUAUUUAAAGCCAGAUGCAUGUUUCCUAGAUGUGGGAAGAUUUUCAAUGAAGCGUAUAAGCUUUACGACCAUGAGUCACAGCAUUACAAAACUUUCACUUGCAAAGUCCCUAACUGUGGAAAAGUGUUCCAUUCUCAGUCACAGUUGGAUCUGCACCAGGAGGAACAUGUCACAAAAGAGGUGGAAUACCCAGCUACAAACACUGACCUUUCUCAUUUUCUGGACCAGAGGAUGCUUUCUGAUCAGGCUUCCUUCUCAGAGGAUGUUGUUGAGGCUUCUCAUCCAUCAGCAUCUGUUGAAGUGAAGCACUCGAUUGACAACCUGCUGAAUGCUUCUCAAGGUCCUGUUGAGAAUGAUCGACGAUACAUGAUUCAAAGUGAGCCACCAGUAAAAGAACUGUACCCAUAUUCAGAAAGAUCUGUUAUUCGGUCUACCACAAAUGCACAAACACAUGACCCAAAUCAGCUGAGACAUAGACACCAAGACCCCUCAGAGACUGCUGCAUAUGACUAUAUGAGACCCAAACCACAUAAUCCUCCAUUAGCUUCAUACCAAUAUCCUGGGGAUUUGCAUCAUGCCCAACAACCAAGUGUGUUUCAAGGUCAGGUCCAGAGUUUUCGCAAAGGUGGAAAUUAUGAAUCCAGGAACUACAAUUCUGACUACCGAGUACCAGUUCAAGAACAACAACAUCCACACAUGUCUGUUAACAUGUCAGCAUCAAGCCAGACCUCCCAUUACAUGUCAACUCCAAUGCCUCAAAUUCUUCCAUCGGUCUCUCACACACUUCUUCCACUAGUAACUCGUUUGCCAGCCACUGGUUGCAGAACAGAGAAUACACAGUGCCCGUUAGCAAGCACUCCUGCCCCACAGCACCACCAAUUACCAACUACUCCUGCCCCACAGCACCACCAAUUACCAACUACUCCUGCCCCACAGCAACACCCAUUACCAACUACUCCUGCCCCACAGCAACACCCAUUACCAACUACUCCUGCCCCACAGCAACACCCAUUACCAGCUACUCCUGCCCCACAGCAACACCCAUUACCAGCUACUCCUGCUCCACAGCAACACCCAUUACCAACUACUCCUGCCCCACCCCAAGGAGAGAGACACCACUGUGCUUUGGAGACAUGCGAUCGCAACUACAGCUCCUACAGAAGUGUUACCAAGCAUAUGAAAGCAGCUCACCCAGAGUUUUAUACAGAAUGGAAACUUGUUAAGAGAAAAACAAGGGAACAUGAAAAAGCAAGAAAAGCUGCCCCGUCGAGUCUGCCUCUGAUCGGGAACCAUAACUCUGUUGCUCCAAAACAACAUCAACAGGCUAAUGGUGUCCCAGUUCACAGCCACAACGUCAUUCAGCCAACCCCGCCCCUGUACUCAAACUCAAACCACUCUUACGCUUCCCAUUCAGCUGCUGUCCAAAGCCAGGCUUUCCCCAACCAAAUGGACAAUAUCUUAGAUCCCAUUGUACUCUCCCAGCUAGGAAACAACCCCAAUCAAUAUGCCCCACCUAGUAUGCCAUGGCAACAAACACCAGGAAACAACCAAAUCCAGAAUUAUCAUUCACAAGUAUAUCCCUCCUCAAACCUGCAAGGGAUGCCACAAAUGGAUGGUGGAGGAAUGGAUGUUCAUGUUAUUCCAUCCAGUCAUAUGAUGCGACCUAAUGUGGAAAGACCAGCAGAGUCACUGCUACCAACAACUAUGGAUAAUGUUCUUCAGCCUGUUUUCCCCUCUUAUGUGGACAUUCUGAAAGACUCAAGUCUAUCAAAUCAGCUGGGAAAUGCUGCACUUCCCUACACACCGCAGACUCAAAGUAAUUUGCGUUCUAAUUUCAAUCCCCCUGAAAGGAGUCGAAGAAUGCAGAAAACCAACAUGGAAUCACAUGUCCUUGCAGGAAACCAAUUGCUAGCAAGAAACAACAGUGCAUCUCAAGACGGCACCAAAAAUGCUGCUGAAAAAAAUCAGAUGGGCAAAAAAGUCAAGCGCAACAAAAGAACAAAGUGGCCUGCCAUUGUUAAAGAUGGAAAGUUCAUUUGCUCUAGGUGUGGUAGAGAAUUUACAAAUCCCAAAUCACUUGGAGGCCAUUUGUCCAAACGUUUACACUGCAAAGCCUAUGACACUGAGCUCCUGACAGCAGACUUGCCUUCAUCAUUUCUUGAUCUUCUCAAUUCAGAGCAACUUCUCAAUACUCAGCCCCCACCAUCUUCACAGUAUAACCCUGCUGCACCGUAUGCAAAUGAUGGCGAACAACCCGAUGAGAUUCUUAAACAAAUUAUGGUUACUCCAAAUAUUCCCAAUAUGUUUGAGCCCUCAGCGAUUCCACAGCCAACGUUCCAAAAUCCUUAUGGCCCCUACGGACCUGCUGGACGCUUGCCAGAAAGCACAGUCAUACAGCACACAGGAAAUGUCCAAGUGAAGACAGAAAAUGAAUCGUAUACAGAUGGUUAUCUUCAGCAGUCAUGUGACCCUGGGUUUGGCAGUAGUGCAUUCUAUGAGCCACUUCUCACUCAGGUGCUUGCAGAAAACAACCCCACCGUCUCACUUCACAGACUUCCCACAGACCAUAUUGAUAAUUUACUGAGGGCAGAAACACUGAUGAAGAUGAAAGAAGUGAAGGGGAAUUCUGAUUCUGCCUCCAAUUCAGGAGGGCUGUCUAAUGAUGGACUUCUGGCUGCAAUGGCUAGUUUGGCGGAAAACCUUAUGACAAACCCCAUGUUGCAGAUCACCUCACCAGACCCUCAGCCUCAACACAGUCCAGCAGCAACAAGUAGCAAACCGGUGGAGACACGGAGGAAGAGUGCGGAACAUAAUGUCAAGAAAAGAUUGCGUGAACAGAUUUUAGCUGGAGACUUCCAAAGAAGAAGCAUUUUAUCUCGGACAAGCAGCACUGACACACAUGCCAGUUUGAAUCUGGUGUCAUCCAAUCCAACAACCAAUGAUGUACAACAUUUUGGAGUACGUCAAAGUCCUCAGCCUUCCAAGAUGAUUGAUCACGAAAUCCCCUCUGUAUCAUCUGCCCAAAUGAACGGAGCAGCACCCAUGAAGAGCUUUACUAAUUUCAGAGAGGCUUCCUCUCAACACCACGAGGUACCUGCACCUACCUGCAUUGUUGCGAAUGACGUUGAUCUUGGUCCUAAUCUAACACCUGCAAACCAACAGCAUUGGAUAAUGGACAUUCAGACUGCAUUAGAGAGGCUAGACUUAGACAAACAACAGGUGUGUGAUUCUACUCCAACAUAUUCCUCCACAAAACCUAGCUGCACUGAUAUUUGCAAUGAUACUAAAUCAUUCCAGCCUAAUGUCUCAACAGAGAAGGAUACACAGAUUCCUGAUGGCUGUAGAAAGCGGUUUGCCUGUGAGAGUGACAACUGCACAUACAGGGCCAUGACAAAAGAUGCCAUUUUAAAACACCUCAUCAAGACUCACAAUUACACCAAUGAGAUGAUCAAUUCGAUUAAGAAAAAACAUGGGAAAUUUGCCCCAUUUUCUUGUCAAAUGUGUGAUAAGACUUUUACUCGAAAUUCUAACCUUAAGGCACACUGUCAGACAGCUCACAGAUUGACACAGCAGGAGAUUGCAGAACUAAUCAUGAAGCGCAAGUCAAGCAACACGGUUGGAUUUGCUAAUAACGAAGACAAACCACUUGUGCAUUCAGAGCCUCCUUUGUCUGGUCGGAUUGCCACAGCGCCCCACUCAAUAAUGGAGAAUAUUAGACGUCAACAUUCACUCCCGGAUGUGAGCCAAAAUCAAGAUGUGACUGUAAAAAACGUGUUUGCUUCAGGAGAAAGUAUAAAACAAGACUACCACCCACAUCCUUUCAAACAGCAGACUUCUCAAGGCAUAGCUGACCCGAGAUAUCAUGAUAAUAGCCUCUCCAUGGGAAUGCAGCCAAUGCAAAGGAUGCCCAUGCAUGAUCAGACACCUUUAAUGCUAAUGUCUGAAUAUCAAAUUAACGCACACUACUCAACAAUACCCCAACAGCCUUUAAUGACCCCUCCUGAUGCAGAUCAAUGGUCAAAUGGACAACACAUACCAGCUCCAUCUAGGCCUAUGCCUACUCAUUACAGUCAACAAUCUGGAGGCUACCUGGCAGAAAGAGCUGGCUCAAUGACACCUGCUCCAUCAGAUCCCCUUCAGGUUUGUGCUCCCUUGCUAGAAAAUACAUCCAAAAUCAAGCUGCAGAGAGGUCCAAAGCCUAAAGUAGAAAUUCCCAAGAAGAUGAAAGAGAAGAAGUCUGAGGCAAAUGAUUCUUUCAGUCCAUACAGGCCAUAUCGCUGUGUUCAUCAAGGAUGUGCAGCAGCCUUUACAAUUCAGCAUAAUUUAAUCCUCCAUUACAGGGCUGUCCAUCAGUCUGCUCUAUCUACAUGUGAAAUGAACAAUGAAAAUGAUCAAAAUGAGGAACAUGAUGAGAAAAAAGGCAUCAAGCAGGAGGGGGUUAUGGAGGAGGAACCAGAGGUUGAAGUAACCCAGGUAACAGAACUCAGAUGUCAAGUGAGCGACUGCUCGAGAGUAUUCCAAGACGUUCCGAACAUGUUGCAGCAUUACCUCCAGCUUCACAAGUUCAGCCUGGAUAAAGCAGGAUCUCUAAUGUCAAACAUCAACCUAGGCAGAUUCCGAUGUGAUCAGCAAGGGUGCACAGCAUCCUUCAUUGCUUUCUGGAAGUACAUCGGACAUAUUGAAAAAGAACAUGACAAGGCAAAACUUGCCAAAAUGGAACCUGUGGAUGGGAUGUUCCAAUGUGAUGUCGAAGGCUGUGACCGUGCUUACGCUACAAAGUCAAACCUGCUGAGGCACACCAUGAAAAAGCAUCAUGAACUUUACAAACUCCAACUGAUGAACCAACGGAAAAGUGAAGAUUGUGAGAAAUCUGACUCCAAGAAUUCACAUUACCAAAUAACUAAAUCAAGCGAUGGGAAAGAAAACAUAGAGGGCAACAAAAAGAUUACACAGAAGGGAGGUGACAAAAAGAAAACUGACAAGACAGAAAAAAAUAGUUGGACGAAAUAUGGAAAACCCUCAUUGAAAACUAAGGAUGAAGCGUCUGCAAUGUGCAUUAAGAAAUGCAAGUUGCAAUACCCCUGCAUGAUAAAGGGCUGUGAUUCAGUGUUGAAGUCUGAACGGAGUAUCAUGAAGCACUACAUGGGGCACGGACUGUCCGAGCGAUACUUAGAAGAGCAGAGAAGCCACUUCAUAUUCUGCAAGAAAUACCCAAGACGUAGAAACCUCCGCGCUGCCAGGAGCGAUGACUCUAAGUCUGAGACCUCCUCAGAGAUAUCCGACAGCGAGGACACAGCAGACACGGGCCUAGAAGGAAGUGAGUUUGACGAGUAUUCAAAACCUGUGUUACGGAGAAAGGGGAAGGGCGAACUGUGUGAUGCCAAACCUUCGUACGAUGAAAGUUCAGAAACUGCAUCUGAUGGUUCUGUGGUGGUGAAACGCAAGCGAGGAAGUCCACGGAAAAGUGUUUUUGAAAAAAUUGUAAAACGCAAGAGGCUGACAAGGAGUAAUGCGGUUUACUGUGGAGAAAAUGGAUCGGACUACGACUCCUCUAGCACUGCCCUUACCCAGGAUGAAAUGAACGAUCAAAGUGAAACGUUGACCUCCUUUAAGCCCAUGGGAUUCGAGGUAUCUUUCUUAAAGUUCUUGGAGCAAUCAAGCCCAUCUAAAAACGCUCUGAAGAAGAGGAUUCGACUGAGAAACGCUACAGUGUUGUGCAAAAGGUCAGACACAUACUUGCACUACCCAAAAGGCUUUGAUACCCUUGAGUUCAGGAACCCUCAGAAGCUGACGUCACUUAAAAAUGUAAAAAUUGUAGUGGACAAAGCCUUUUCGGACGUAGCUGAUACUCUGCUGAAGCAGCUCCAGGAAAUGCGACCCACAGUAAUAUUAGAAAAAUAGAUUCCUAUGUAGUAUUUAAGUGACUGGCUAAAUGUUUUUCUUGUCAAAACACCGUAACUCAGGAUUAGAACGGUUUUCAACCUGCUGCAGAAUGUUGCCCAAAACAAUAAUACUUUUGAUUUUGUUUUUUCACCGCAAAAUAUAAAUCCACGGUUUUUCAGUUGACUAUGUGGAAGUUGUUUUAAAAUGAUACAUUAUUUACUGUAACCUUGAGUCUGUAAAAAUCUUUUGUCUCUAUUAUAUAUUGAGGUCAUUUUAUAUUAUGUAUUAUUGGUAGGAUAAAUUUAAGCAUGUUUGUAUUUAUCUUCCCAGCACAUUGCCUUUGCAAACUAAAUUUAAAAUUGAAGGCGAUUAACAUCCCCAUGAGACAAUGAAAUGGUCCUUUUAAACAAACGGAAUGUGAUGUGUAUAGUUUGUGAAUGUUGUUGUUUCAUUAUGCCUUGUAAAUGUUCAUUUGUACGUAGACAAUGUUGUGUGUAAAUAUUGUUUUUGUUUUUUUCAAUGAACUACUGCCACCAGCAGUCUAACUUAAUUGAGAUAAACAGUUUUGUUACAGAUUGCA